AUGAAGUUCGCCGCUGCAGCCGCCGCGCUGCUGCUCGUCUCGCUCGCUGCGGCUUCUACCAAGAGAGCCGCACUGCGCAGCCUGCUCGCCCAGGCCCUGUCCUCCAGCGGCGGCGUCUCGGCGGGGCAGGAAGACGCGCGGCGGGAGAUGGUGAAGGUGGCGCCAGCGGCAGCGGCGGCGUGGGGUUUGAAAAGGCUGGUGGUGGUGCUGAGCAACAUCCACAUCGGCGACGGCAGCCCCACGCAGAACUACCAGCUGCACGUGCACGAGGGGCACCUGCUGGCCAUCCUGGACGACGUGGUGGUGCGCAACGAGUCGAUCGCGGAGGUGGUGCUGGCGGGCGACAUCUUCGAGUUCUGGUACCACCCCUUCCACACCCGACCCCCCUCCCUCGCCACCAUCCUCGCUGCCAACCCCAAACUCUUCGGACCCACGGGCGGCUUUUCGCGCGUGCUGGACGCGCUGGGGGGGCGCGUCACCUUCAUCCCCGGUAACCACGAUAUGCACCUCACCGCCGCUGACGUGGCGCAGAUCAGGUCCCCGGGGGGACACUACGUCAAGUUCGCUGCGCGGAGCUACAACCCGGGCGGCGACACGCGCAUGCUCAUCGCGCACGGGCACGAGGCGGCCACCUUCAACGCGCCGGACAAGAGCAGCAAGUGGGCACCACUGCCCCCGGGGCACUUCCUGUCCAGGAUCAUCUCCUCAUACUGGGCCGCCAACCUCCGCCCAACACCACACGCAGAGAUCAUCAUGCUGGACGGCACAACCACGGCGACCACGGAGGCGAAGCAAGAGUAUGCUUUUCUCUUCCAGAGGUGGAUCGCGGAGAAUGGGGGCGGCGCUGCUGGCGUGCAGGUGGCGCUCAAGGCGCUGUGGGCGGACAUUGACUCGAGCUACAUGGGGUGGUUCGCCACUAAGCAAGCUCUGGAGUCGCGGGCGAGCCUGGUUGUGUACGGGCACACGCACGUGCCGGUGCGCGGGCUGGUGAACCUGGUGCUGGCCAACUACAUCAACACCGGGUUCGAGUGCGCUGGCGCCCCUGACCUGGUGAGCGGCAGCAAUGCGUUCAGCUUCCUCACCAUCGACAUGCCCACGCUGCAGGGCAGCCUCAAGAAGGUGCUGCGCAGCGGCGCCACGUACAGCAUCGCGGGCGACGUGGGCGCCAAGGCCACUGCAACCCAAGGUCGCUUCGUGGUGCUGCCCACCAGCAUCAAGGCCGGCACCCGCACCGCUGUUUGGGUGCAGGACUUCCCGGCGCCGCCCAUCACAGCGGGCGUGGCGGCAUCGGAGGCGUGGCUCACGUACACAGCCAAGAAGACCGCCAAGACAAGGGCGGGCGACUACAAGAAGAUGUGGAAUUUUGCCUUUGCGUGCCCCACGUCGCGCAUGAACUCUGCUUCUGGCGGCUCCAGCCUCGUUGCCAAGUCGGGCUUCAACCCGUGGCAGGCAACGCUGCCCCAGUACGGGUAUCCCUUGUAUGUGCUGUAUACUGUCACCCCUGGAGAGAUCACGGCCAUCCAGUUUGUGGUGAACCAGCUGAAGGCUAAUCCGGACCGUCGAUUCAUUCAAGUGGAGAAGGUGACGUGGAAGAAUGUGACUCGACCCAAACACCUCCCUCUUUUCUCCACCCCCCCCCCGCCCCCACCUCGCUCUUCUGUUUCCCCCCAUGCCCCCCUUCCACCUCUCCUCUAUGAUGUCCCAGCCCCCGACUCGCUGCCGUUUCCCACCUCUCCACCACCCGAAGGGGGUGGAUGGUGCAGGGGAAGGGGGUGGAUGGUACAGGGGAAAGGGGCGGAUGGUGCAGGGGAAGGGGGCGGGUGGUGCAGGGGAAGGGGGUGGAUGGUGCAGGGGAAGGGGGUGGAUGGUGCAGGGGAAAGGGGCGGAUGGUGCAGGGGAAGGGGGCGGGUGGUGCAGGGGAAGGGGGUGGAUGGUGCAGGGGAAGGGGGUGGAUGGUACAGGGGAAAGGGGCGGAUGGUGCAGGGGAAGGGGGCGGGUGGUGCAGGGGAAGGGGGUGGAUGGUGCAGGGGAAGGGGGUGGAUGGUACAGGGGAAAGGGGCGGAUGGUGCAGGGGAAGGGGGCGGGUGGUGCAGGGGAAGGGGGUGGAUGGUGCAGGGGAAGGGGGUGGAUGGUGCAGGGGAAAGGGGCGGAUGGUGCAGGGGAAGGGGGCGGGUGGUGCAGGGGAAGGGGGUGGAUGGUGCAGGGGAAGGGGGUGGAUGGUACAGGGGAAAGGGGCGGAUGGUGCAGGGGAAGGGGGCGGGUGGUGCAGGGGAAGGGGGUGGAUGGUGCAGGGGAAGGGGGUGGAUGGUGCAGGGGAAAGGGGCGGAUGGUGCAGGGGAAGGGGGCGGGUGGUGCAGGGGAAGGGGGUGGAUGGUGCAGGGGAAGGGGGUGGAUGGUACAGGGGAAAGGGGCGGAUGGUGCAGGGGAAGGGGGCGGGUGGUGCAGGGGAAGGGGGUGGAUGGUGCAGGGGAAGGGGGUGGAUGGUGCAGGGGAAAGGGGCGGAUGGUGCAGGGGAAGGGGGCGGGUGGUGCAGGGGAAGGGGGUGGAUGGUGCAGGGGAAGGGGGUGGAUGGUACAGGGGAAAGGGGCGGAUGGUGCAGGGGAAGGGGGCGGGUGGUGCAGGGGAAGGGGGUGGAUGGUGCAGGGGAAGGGGGUGGAUGGUACAGGGGAAAGGGGCGGAUGGUGCAGGGGAAGGGGGCGGGUGGUGCAGGGGAAGGGGGUGGAUGGUGCAGGGGAAGGGGGUGGAUGGUACAGGGGAAAGGGGCGGAUGGUGCAGGGGAAGGGGGCGGGUGGUGCAGGGGAAGGGGGUGGAUGGUGCAGGGGAAGGGGGUGGAUGGUGCAGGGGAAAGGGGCGGAUGGUGCAGGGGAAGGGGGCGGGUGGUGCAGGGGAAGGGGGUGGAUGGUGCAGGGGAAGGGGGUGGAUGGUACAGGGGAAAGGGGCGGAUGGUGCAGGGGAAGGGGGCGGGUGGUGCAGGGGAAGGGGGUGGAUGGUGCAGGGGAAGGGGGUGGAUGGUACAGGGGAAAGGGGCGGAUGGUGCAGGGGAAGGGGGCGGGUGGUGCAGGGGAAGGGGGUGGAUGGUGCAGGGGAAGGGGGUGGAUGGUGCAGGGGAAGGGGGUGGAUGGUGCAGGGGAAGGGGGUGGAUGGUGCAGGGGAAGGGGGUGGAUGGUACAGGGGAAGGGGGCGGAUGGUGCAGGGGAAGGGGGCGGGUGGUGCAGGGGAAGGGGGUGGAUGGUGCAGGGGAAGGGGGUGGAUGGUGCAGGGGAAGGGGGUGGAUGGUGCAGGGGAAGGGGGUGGAUGGUGCAGGGGAAGGGGGUGGAUGGUGCAGGGGAAGGGGGUGGAUGGUGCAGGGGAAGGGGGUGGAUGGUGCAGGGGAAGGGGGUGGAUGGUGCAGGGGAAGGGGGUGGAUGGUGCAGGGGAAGGGGGUGGAUGGUGCAGGGGAAGGGGGUGGAUGGUGCAGGGGAAGGGGGUGGAUGGUACAGGGGAAAGGGGCGGAUGGUGCAGGGGAAGGGGGCGGGUGGUGCAGGGGAAGGGGGUGGAUGGUGCAGGGGAAGGGGGUGGAUGGUGCAGGGGAAGGGGGUGGAUGGUGCAGGGGAAGGGGGUGGAUGGUGCAGGGGAAGGGGGUGGAUGGUGCAGGGGAAGGGGGUGGAUAGUGCAGGGGAAGGGGGUGGAUGGUGCAGGGGAAGGGGGUGGAUGGUGCAGGGGAAGGGGGUGGAUGGUGCAGGGGAAGGGGGUGGAUGGUGGAGGGGAAAGAAAGUGUGA